GCUGUUAUCAAAAUGUCAAAAUCAGAAUGUACUCAUUUCAUUCAGAAUUUAUUUUAUUAUUACUACUGUGCAACCAAUACUGUGCGGCGCUAAAAGGAAGAAUCGUUGGAGGUAAAGUGUGUACCAACGAGAAACACGAGUUUGCAGUUGCCCUAGCAGAUAAAACUUUUAUCGUCAAGUGUGGUGGAAGUCUUUUGGAAGCCAGAUGGGUGCUAACAGCUGCCCACUGUUGCAAUACCAUGGUCCGCCUGCGAUACGCCAUGGCCGGUAUUUCCACCAAUCCGGUGGAAGAAUAUAUUUCAAAUUCCGUGACGGUGACUACAAUUGAGGCUUGCAUCACACAUCCAGAUUUCCAGCAGGAUGAUCUGCUCAACGAUAUUGCACUAAUCAGACUUGAAAAACCUAUUAAAGAGACAGCCACAAUUUCAUACGUCCAGUUGCCUACCACCAAGCUAGAUGACGAUAUACACAAGUGGUGUACGCAAGCCAUAGUUAUGGGAUGGGGUUGGCUAGACUAUCACACAAGAAAAAGACCUUCCAGACUUCAGUGUGUCACUCUAGAUGUAGUUUCUAGUAAAGAUUGUUUACAUUACUAUCACAGUAGAAGAAAUCCAGAUACUGUGAGUAUAAGGUUCAAAAUCAGACUUCGAUAAACUAAGACUGUUGUGUCUUUAGAUCGUCUACACCACCAGAGCAGUGAACCAGCUUAUUAUACAUAGACAUAUAGGGCAAAUCAUAUGAUUUACUUGGUUGACAUACGAGGUCUGCAAAUUAAGUGGUAGUGUGCACGUCAGGCGAGGGAAAAGAUGCAUGCAGAGGUGACUCAGGAGGCCCUAUGAUCUGCAACGGCAUUCAAUAUGGAGUCGUUUCAUUUGGUAUGAAAUGCGCUACUAAAUACCCAGGAGUUUAUGCCAGAGUAGACAACUAUUUGAAUUUCAUAGAUAACACAAGAGCAGAUUACAGAGCGUGUAGCAUGACCAUUCAGGCUGUUUCGACCAUUGUAUUGAUAUGUGUGUUGACUGCAGCCCAAUGCAGGAAAGUGGACAUAGUGGUAGCUGGUAUAUCUAUCCAAGCUUUGGACUCUUUAGAAAACGUACACGUGCGCAACAUAAAUUACACACUUUCCCAUCCUUUAUACGAAACUGAUGGAAUGAACUAUGAUAUCCAAUUGAUUAGAUUGGACGAACCAAUUCCAGAAAGCGACAACGUCAAAUAUGUUCAGUUACCUACAGAACGUUAUGAAGAUAUAAAUGAAAGAUGCGAAAGCCCUAUGAUUCUAGGAUGGGGUAUAAUGGCCAAAUCUAGCUGCAGAAAGAAACCUCCGAGGUUAAGCUGUGUAGUACCCCCUUUUAUACCACUAGAGAGGUGUCAAAUGAAGUACAAUGAUAGCAGUAUAAUAAAGUCAAUGUGUACAUCCAAUAAAGGCGAAGAUGAAACCUGCUUAUCAGAUUCUGGCAGCCCUGUAAUGUGUGGUGACAUACAGUUCGGCAUCGUCUCCUGGGGAGUGGGCAACCAUCCCAUGGUCCACACAAGAGUUGAUGAAUAUCUUGAAUUCAUCAGCCAGGUGACGGGUUUAGAGUUGAGUUUAGAAGCCAGAAGCCUUGCAUCAAGAAAAGUUGUUCACUGUUUCUUGUAUAUGAGUAUACUUGCCAUGUUCAUUAUGAAAUAAAUGCAUUAUAUAUAUAUAAAAUAAGUACCACGACCAACUUAAGGAGAAGGUAGGCUUUGGACACCCUGUUUAUUAUAAACA